AUGGCCACCGUCAAGCUCAUUUCCCUCCUCGUAGCUUCCCUCGCCAUCAUCAUCCAGCCCGCCAUCUCCGGCGACCCGGACAUCCUCACCGACUUCAUCACCCCACCGAACACCAACACCAUCGACGGCUCCUUCUUCACCUUCUCCGGCUUCGGCUUCCUCGUCAACGGCACCCAGCUCCCCGACAAGUUCACAGUCGUGAAGGCCACCAUGGCCCAGUUCUCCGCCCUCAACGGCCAGAGCGUCUCCUACGCCACGCUCCUCUUCCCCAACGGCACCACCAACCCUCCCCACACCCACCCACGCGCCGCCGAGCUCCUCUUCGUCCUCGACGGCGAGCUCAACGUCGGCUUCGUCGACACCGCCGGCAAGCUCUACACCCAGAACCUCCAGGUCGGCGACAUGUUCGUCUUCCCCAAGGGCCUCGUCCACUUCCAGUACAACGCCGGGGCGGGCUACGCCAUCGCUUUGUCGGCUUUCGGGAGCGCGAACGCUGGAACGGUGUCGCUUCCCGGUACGCUGUUCGCGACCGGUAUAGACGACGUCGUUUUGGCUAAGUCGUUCAAGACGGACGUCGGCGUCAUUCAGAAGCUCAAGGCUGGCCUCGCCGUCAAGCCCUGA